AUGAUAGUAUUUAUUAGCAUAGUACUAUCAGCUGCACUGAUGGGUUACGUCUUUUGUUUCGCAGUGAGCAAAUAUACUGUGAGUAAAAGGAUUCAGCAAACUAGCGUGUUUAGAGAGACACUUUCAACACCCACGAGUGAGUAUUUAGCAUCAUGGAAGCAUUCGCAUGAGUCUCCGGAUACUUAUUUUGAUCACACAAAAGUUACCAUUGGCAGUAGGUCGAAUGCGGCUUUACAAACGAUUUUCGACUUGCUACUGAAGGAAUACAUCGACUUUUGGUAUAAGCCUUUGACUUCAAAUCCAGACUUCAUGAUCCAGCUGAAAAUGUUUGUACAAUAUGCUUGUGCUAUUAUUGUGCAGAGAGUGAAAAACGUUGAAUUUUCGGAGUUUCUCAUUCAUAGGUUUAUACCGCACUUCUUUGACCAUGUUGUAAAUAUCUUAUCCCUUGCUAGUUCAGAUAAAUUUAAUUCUACUCUUGUUGGUGAAGAGCAUAAUACUGUCCAGGCAAUGAAACAGAAGCAUUUUCAAAAAAGAUCUUUGAAAUCUUGUUCUGAAGAAAUUAUUUUAUGUGCUUUCGGUGAUCGAUUACAUCCAGCCCUGUAUUCUAGACAAGCUGAAGUAAUGUAUUUACGCGCGGUGGUGAGUCGUCUGUUACCAUUUUUGGGUCUGCCGCCUAGUCUUACUUGUCCAGAUAUACAUAAGUCAGGAGAACCUUCUGUUGAUCAUGUUCCUCGCGCUCGACGUAAUCGCAUGAUGCAUAUGUCACCUGGACGUUUACAGUCCAGUUCAGCCGUGCCAAAUAAGCCGUCAGUUCCUCGGAGUGCUUCCAGUGGUGCUUUGGGUUUUCAGAAGUUGGUGAAACUAGGAUGUAAUCCAUCAGCAUAUAGUUUGCUGAUAGAAAUACUAUCCACUUGUGUUCUGCUACCGGCUAUGGACAUUUUAGCUAAUUCUGAUUUUCUCAAUCAAUUAAUUCUACUAUGUUUUACGGAUAAUACAAAUGCAGAACCAUUGAGGAAGGAAAGUUCUGAACAUGUCCCUCUUCUUGAAGCAUAUAUUCAUGACUGGCAAAAGUGGUUAUCUAAAAAGCCGCCAUCAUUAAUUCAUUUGGAUACUCUUUUAAGUCAUCAAGAUGAAUUAUAUCCAUUUAUGCAAUAUAUGAAGUCAAUGAAAUCAAUUGGACCGUUGACUCUUGUAUUGCUAAUGCACCAAAUAAAUUCUCGGGUAUCAAAGUCUGUGCUUUCCUCUGAAGCGUGUCACGAGGUUGAAGCGCAAAUACGUCAUAUUUUAAUUAUAUUACGUGGUGGCGAUGCUGAUGGAAAUAAUAACAGCAGUUGGAAUUAUUCAAAUUAUAUCCUUCCUAAUGAUAAUGAUGGGGUUAGUGAUAGUGAUGAGUACGGUGGAUCAACUGACUGUCGUGUGUCUACAAGUCUCAUGCAUCAAGGAGGUACAGACAAUAUUAGCUUGUCAUCAUCAUCAUCAUCCAAAAACAACUGUUUGCACUUUUAUAAUGUGUCGAACGAAUUCGCAGAAUUACUGGAAACUAGUGUGAAAUAUUGUUCACCGGAGACAUUAACUCACCUAAUCAAUACAUCACAGUGGAAAAAAACUUAUCAAUCAGUGUGUAAAGCAGUUGAAUUCCGUUUUCUACCAAUGUAUUUCGAAAGUCCAGAGUAUAUUAAGCAUUCAUUUGGUUUUACACUCAGUUUAAUGUCAUCAGCAUCAUUGAGUAAAUUUGGAGUAUCUCCUAAGCGUUCUCUGCGUCGCUUCUCUCAAAAUGUCGGCGGAUCUCAACAACAACAACAACAGACUGGCCUCUUUGGAAGUGCAAUCAUGAAUGUUUUCGGCAGCCAAUCGACUGAUGGUCAGUCAUCUGGAAGCUCUGAUAGUUCACGAAUGUCCAUCUCUUCAACACGUCGUAAUCAAAGAGAUCGUCUUGGCAGUGUUAUCAGUGAACAGUCCAGUCGAUAUAAUGUCAAUAUGAAUAGUACUCCAGAAGAGUUGUUGAUAAAUCAACAUGUCUCGGGCAUAAAACACCUGCCUGAGAGAUCACAACAAAUCGAUCUUUCUAAGUGUACUGUGCAUAUACGUGGUUUAUCACGACCUGAAGUAUCACAAUCAACUCGUCUUCCAGUGGGGACAAUGACUUUAUUGGGUAGUACUCCACUUAUGUCCAGUGUUUCUGCUACUACCGCCACUACUAUGAAUGCUACUAUAUCACAUACUAAUCAAAUUAAUCAUUUACCCUCAUCAAUGAGUAAUUCUAUUCCAAUCAAUAAUAACUCUCUGACAAGUAGUAAUUUUAUUCCCGUAUCGACAACAGCUGUACGUGAUGUAGGCUAUAAAAAUAAAAUAUCAAAUGAAUUGAACAAUUUGACUGGUCCACCUGUAUUGACACAGUCUACCGUUACGAACAGUACCAAUUCAAUGCCACAACUGUCACCACAGUUUAUGUUCAAUGUUAUUACUGAAACUGUUAUCAAUGGUGUACGAAGACAAGUUGCUAGAGUGACACGAAAAUAUUCAGAAUUCUAUGUUCUUGAGCAAAAGUUGACUGAAUUUCAUGGUUCAUUUAUAACAAAACAAUUACCACGGCGUCAGUUGACACCGCGUUCAAUGGAGUUUCUUGAAAGUAAAUGUGAAGUCUUUGAAAGCUAUCUACAGUAUUUAGUUGCACAACCAUUUCUACGAAAAAGUAAACUUCUCUAUAGUUUUCUCACCUCCAAUGAACCAUUCAAUACAAAUUUAUUUGAUUUGAAUUUGGGACGUUUUGUUAAAUCUGUACCAUUGAAGUUAACUAAAGAGAAAGGACAAUUUUUAGAUGACUUUCUAACUUCGUAUUACUUGUCAUGUCAUACACAACCGAUUGGAAUUGACAAAACUCCAGGUGAAUCUGAAUUGGCCAAACUUAUAGCUGGAUCAAAUUUCCCUGCAAUUAAUUCACCAGUGAAUAGUACGCUUACCUUCAACUCUUUACUUAAUGAUACUACUACUAGUAGUAGUGAGUAUAGUUCUUUACCAAACACCACACAGCAGUUACUUACAACAAUGCCAAAGUCUAUAUCUAGCCAUUUUAAAUCAGAUAAAUAUUCCGCAGAAAAAUUUAUAGAUUAUUAUGGUCGUUAUGUAUUGAAUUCAAUACAGUAUAAGUCACAUGGACGAACAAGCCUAGAUCAUCGUCUACGUUCUCGUGUCUACUGGAAUAAUGCUGGUCUAACCUAUGAGAAACGAAGAGAUAAAACGAAUGAUUCAUCUCAAAUAUCAACUGUACACUUAGAUGGGCUAUCUGAAAUGAUUCUAUACUUAUUUGAUAAGUUGACAAUUGAAUCUUCAACACCCACUGAUCCACAGUCAUUAUCAUCUCAUUUAAAUGAAACUGAAACCAAAACUGUCACCUCUUCUGAAUCAAUAAGUGACUGUGGAAACGCUUCUCAGACGCUCAAACAAAAGAAAUCAACAGAUCCUUGGGAUGUUACUAAUCCAUGUUGGAGUGAAGCACUUCUUAAUGGUCCAUCAUUACCAAUUAUUGACAGUAACAGUAAUAAUAACAACAACAACUGUGUGACUACUGAAUCUCAGUCGACACAAUCAAUAACCACAACACCAACAGCUACAACACCUCAGUUAUCCUCGUCUAAUGAAAUAACAUCGAACAGUAAAUUCACCAAUACAUCUGAUAAUAUUCAAACCAGUAGCAAUUCACGAAUUAUGCUACCAACAGUAUCGAUUAGUCUACAUGAUUUAUUCUCAACAUUGCAGGAGUUAUACACAAUUAUUCAACAAGAGUUUAAAAUACGUUUACGUCAGUUAAUUCUGAGAAUAGGCAUCAUACUUAUCACCUAUUUUAAAACACCAAUUGAUAAUUGGUUAAGUCAACGUUUAUUGCAUUACUUCCAUAGUACUUUUUCAGAUGAAAACUUAGCUAGUAUGUUAGAAACCAUUAAAACAAAUAUAUUUCAUUACUCCGCUAAAAAAGUUGAUAUGGAUAAAUCUGAACGUAAAGAAAAAGCACGUGCUGCACUUGAGAAAGCGAUACUUGGUAUAAAAGGUCUUUCAUAUGUCACUGAUCCAGAGAAGAUAUGUGAUGAUGUGAAUUUUCUUUUCGAUUGUUUUCAAUACUCAAAAUGGAAUAAACAAUUAACUUAUGUUCUAUUAGAUCAAUUUAUAUUAGAGUUAUUUCCUGAACUUGCUUUAAACAACAAUAGUAAUAAUAAUAAUUAUAAUAAUCCCAAUAACAAUGCAGAUGUAAGAAAAGAAACUUGUCAGUGAUUUUUAUCAUUAUUAUUAUUGUUAUUAUGAUUAAUACUUCAUAAAGAUUAAUUUGUUUGAUUUCAUUAUUCAUCUCUUCUAAACAUACAUACCAUACAAACACCUGUUAUUGCCAUUUAUUUUCUCUUAUUUCUUGUCUUUUUGUUGACUCAUUGUUGUUGUACAGAAAAUUUAUAGUCAUAAAAUGUGUUGUCUUUCUCUUCUCUCUUUUUUUCUCCAUAAUUUAACUUGUGUGAUUUUUCUUAUGAUUUUUAUUUCAUGCCCAAUUUUUAUCGAAUUCUUAUACAUAUGAAUACAUCCAUUCAUCAGAGAAUGAUUUAUUUGUUGUACUCUUAUUCUAUAUGUAUUUUUUCUCCGCGCUCAUUGGCUUAAGCGCAUUCAACUUUCAAUCAAUUGGUCCUGGAUUCGAGUUUUGAGUAUUUGUCUUUGUGAUUUGUUUUUAUUUUGUCUGAUGUCGUUAUUCAUCGUCAUUGUUGACAAAUAUCAUCAUAUCAUCGCAUUGCAAUGCAUUACCUGUUUAUUGUGUACUGUUAUGUAACUAUUGUCUUUCGUUGUUAUAUGUGGUAUGUGAGUGUGUGUGUGUGUUAGUGAAUAUCACUAUUCUUUGUCUCUGUGUUGGUGUGGGCUACGAGGAAAUUACGGUAUAGUAGUGGCAGCAGCAACAACAACAGGAGUAGACGAAGAUGAAGAAGAGAAAAAUUAUAGUAAUUUAUGCUAAACAAACAAUAGUUAUACAAGCGUGUGUACAUUUUCUUUUAUUUUUAGUUAUUGAACUUUUUUUCUCUUAUUCGAAUUCAUUUCGUUAAUCUGAAGUAUUUGGAUUGUAAAUUGUCAGGGUAAUUUUUGUUCAUCUGUAACUUAUUCUUUCUUUCUAUCUUGUAUACACACACACAUGAUGACUUAUGACUGAUUAAACUUCAUUUGUUUAGUAUAGGUCUCAUUGAAUUUGUUAUACUUACACUGGCGAUGGUAUUGCGGUUGACGGGAAGUCAAUCGCUGUAGAGGUAGAAGUGUUUUUAUUCCUCAAAUCUGGAAUUAGUUUACUUUGUCGUAAGGAAGCAAUCUCAUUGUUUUACCUUGAACCAAUCUCCAACCAUUCAGAACAGUUUCUUGUCUACUGAUCAAGCCGAAUUUGAAUGUGGUUAAAAAAUUUUAAAUAUGAUGUUUUUCCUCAACAAAAAAAGCAGUCUUUUGCCGCUUCUGUUAUCUUCUGACAUUAUGUUUGGCGUCGCUGCCUUCGAACAAUGUAGAUCCCAUGACCUGCUGUUUUCGUAGAAGGAGACAUACAGAGCGUUUUACGGGACUUCGAUGAGGUCGCUUAGUUGAUGGGCGCCCGGGAUCCAACAUCGACGCUGCUGAGACGUUGGGCAAAGGCGGCAUACGACAGUGUGGAACGGGCAGUUGGUGAAGAAACCUGGAAGGUAUUAGUGGCGGGGUUCGUCAUCCUGACGAGCAGGCAGUGCGGCAGUUCCAUGAAAUGAAUCUGAGACCGGAUAGAGACCCGCUAGUAUUGGCGGUGAACCUUUCGAGUCUACUACGUCGCGUGCUUCCCAUAUUUGAUGAAAAGUUGUCCAAUGAGGUUAUUCCCUGACUACAGCGUAAAGGAGAUCUGGAUUUGAGGAGUAAACACUUCUACAUCUGCAGAGACUGACCUGAAAUGUUGGUUUUAAUUUUGGCUGUUUCCUAUCAAUCUGUAUCCUAUAAGUCUUGAUCGUAACACCCGCUACAUGGUAAUGUGCCAAUAGUGAAAACUACGACGAUUGUCUAAAAUAGUUAACUGUAACACUUUAUUAUUAGAAAAUAAGAUGUUUAAAAAAUCAAUAUCCUGUAUUGUUUGUUUGUUUCUAGUAUUAAAAUGAAGUAUUGUGAGC